AUGAUUGUAUUGAUGAAGAUAGAUUUGAUGGGCAAGUGCAUGAUCAAGCUAAUUGUAAACAACGCAUUUCAGGCUAAAAAUGAUAAUUUAUACGAACAGUUGGGUGCUUAUGUUUAUGAAAAUAAUGAAGUUCGGAAUGAUGAUGGUCAUGAUGAAAACAGACAAAAUGGAGAAUUGGAUGAUCAUCUCGAUAUGAAUAAUGGAAUCGGGAAUGAUAAUGAUUUGUUACAUGGACAAAUGGAUUAUGUGACUCAAGGCGGAGAAGAGAAUGAUCAGGAUGAAAAUGAAGAACCUUUAAAUGAAAAUGAAGAUACCGACGAGAGUGAGGAUGAAGCAGAUGAAGAUGAUAGUGAUGAGGAGGGUGAUAAUGAUGAAAGGAAUUUAGAUUAUGAGCAACUGCUUUAUCCUGGAGCAUCUUUAACAGUCAGCCAAAGUAUGUCGUUAAUAUUAUUACUUGUCCGGCAUAAUGUUACUCAGACUUGCUUGGGUGACAUUAUCACAGUUAUCAAAGUUGAUGAUUAUUUUAGUACAUUGCCUUCAAAAUAAUAAUAACGGCUUCAAAAAUAGUUUACAUAAAUUUCGUAAAUUUUUUUCACUCUCUAAGAAAGGGACAGUAAAAAAAAAACUAAACAUUUUUAUUACGUCUCUUGUCAAAAAAAUUUAGAGAAUGAAAACGAUAUCUGUGUGAAUUGUGAGUCAAGCAAGAAAGCCUAUUUUAUCGAAGUUCCUGUCAGGUAACAGUUGAUUGAACUAUACCGAAGACCAGGAUUCUACGAGUGCCUGCAGCAUCGUUUUAACGCUCGUUUGGAAGAUAAUAAUCAC